GAAGAAGUAUCUCCCCUUGUUCCCGCUUGUUAACUAUAGUAUCAUACUACUCUUCCCAACCAUCCAUCAUGCCCACUCUUAGCCAGGUUCGUCAGUCCAACACGGCUCUAGGCGCUCAACGCCAAAAGAUGGUCGCCGUCUUCGUUGGAGGCACCAGUGGCAUAGGAGAGGCGACAGCCAAGCAGAUGGCGCUCGCUGUGAAACAACCAACCAUCCACUUGGUUGGCCGGAAUCCCGCAUCCGGUUCCAGAGUCCUAGAGGAGCUCCGGGCUUCAAAUCCAAACGGAUCAUUUCACUUCAUUCAAUCGGAUGUCUCACUUCUGCGUAGUGUUGACAAGGCCUGUGCGGAAAUCACCGACAAGGAAAAGCAAAUCGAUCUCCUCUUCAUGUCCACCGGCCAUCUCUCUCUUUCAAAAAAUGAGACCGAUGAAGGACUAGACGACAACCAUGCCCUUCGUUACUACUCCCGGAUGCGCUUCGUGCAGAACCUUAUGCCUUUGCUCAGUGCCUCCCCCGGUCCAGCCAGGGUCGUAUCCAUCCUAGCAGGCGGCCAAGAAGGCACCAUCGAAGAAGACAAUUUCGACCUGACAAAGUCAUGGACUUUUUCGAAAUCAAACACAUACGCCGCUACACUAAAUUCCUUAGCGAUAGAGCAUCUAGCCACCGCCCAUCCGACCGUAAGCUUUCUACACGUCUUUCCGGGAAUUGUACGGACUCCGUUGAUGAACACCACCUUCGGGAACUUUGGCGGGGCUAUCCUAAGCUUUCUUUCUCGUCCGAUUUCCAUUACGCCGGAGGAGAGUGGUGAGCGUAAUCUGUAUCUCUCGACGUCGGCAGCUUAUCCUCCCGCCACGCCCAAAGAUCCAUCACAUCUGGGGGUUCCCUUGGUCAAAGGGGUGGACACGGCAUCUGCAUCAACUGGUAAAAUUGGAGGGGGCUCCUAUAUUCUCAAAUACGAUGGGAGCAAUGCAACUCGCGAGAAACUGAUGGCUGAUUAUCGAGCCCGGAGUUUCCCUGGUAAGGUUUGGGAUCAUACACUGGAGACAUUCAAGCGGGUGCUACGGUCGGACUGAUGAUGACGGCUUUCACACGGUUGUUUUUCUUUUCUUUUUCUCCUUUUUUUUUUUCCUCCCUCUACUUUCCCUAAUGUUGCAUCGUCAUGGACGGUAUUUAACUUUACAUAACCGAGUUUGCCGUCGGAUAGGCCAACUCCCAUGU